UUGCAUAUUUAAUCAUCACCGUCCUGAUUUUUUCAGGAUUUUGUAGCUUAUUCUUUGCACCAUUCCGCACUUUGUUCCCUUUUGGGUAGGGCUAACUGUACGAGACUCACUUACCUGUUGGUGGGAUACGCAGAUAAGCGAAGCCAUCUCUCUCUCAGAGACCAAAACGCUCCCCGAGCUCACUUCUUUUAGAAAUUUAAUAACUUUUAAACAUUUCCACCCAGUUUUCAUUAAAAAAAGACCAGAAGCGUAAAGAAGGCUGAACGUCGCUUGAAAAUCAAACUGACUGCAUCCCGAACACAAAUUUAAUGAGUCGUUUAAUUUCAACGAGUCCUUGAGAAAGGGAUCGAUUGUUGCUGACCGGGGAACUUCACGAGGCAGGAUGAAUAAGGGGGAGGUCAGCCAUGAUAACCAAGCGGAGUCGCCGUCAGCCACCAGCAGGUCAUCGAAGGCCAAGAAAUUACGGCAAGUUGGCGGAAAGCAUGGUGGUCACGUGGUGGAGAAAGUCUUCCCAUGCAAAAUAUGCCUGCAUCCCUUCCCCAACAGAACCAGCGCUGCCCUCCACGCUCACACCCACCUCAACUCCGCCGAGCUGGAAAAGACCUCAGUUUUCCAUGACAAAUGUCCCCACUGCGGAAAAGCGUUCUUCACUCGUCGCGACUUUACCGACCACGUGGCUGCGCACGAAGGUCGCAAGAACCACGUCUGCCCCGUGUGCAAAAAGAAGUUCACCCAGAAACCACAUGUGAUCGCGCAUCUCUUCAUCCACCUGAGCGGGGAGGAGCGCGCGGAGGUGCGGCAGGGCUGGCGACACGGCUGCUACUUCUGCACCAAACGGUUCAAAACUCCGUCCCAUCUCCAUCGUCAUCUUGCAACCCACACGAAGGAAAAAGUGAGCUGGGGGUGUCACGUGUGUCGAAAACGUUUCUCCUCCAAACAAAUCCUUUCCAGCCAUCUCUUCUCCCACCUCAGUGAAGAAGAGAAAGUCGCCCUCGUGAAGCAAGGGACGAGUCGAGAGUGCCUUUUUUGCCGCAAGAUAUUCGCUGAUAACCGCACUUAUCAGAUUCACCUGGUCUCCCACACUACGGAGAAGCCUUUCCGUUGCGACCAGUGUGGGGCGCUGUUCCCUCGUAGUAAAAGCUUAAACUUGCACAAGCUCAGUCACACUUCGAACCCAAAACCGUUCAAAUGCGACGAUUGUGACAAAGCGUUCGCUGCUAAACAAAGUCUGAGCAUCCACAAGGAGACCGUUCACCGGAAAGUGAAGGACAUCGCGUGUCUCCAGUGCGCCAAGAAGUUCGGGAGAAAGGGUCACAUGGUGCGACAUCUGAGGAGUAUUCAUUCCCAAAUCCGUCACCCCAGCCCCCACUGCGGGGAGACGUUCACGCAGAAAGGCAAAGUUGGGAUGCACUUGAGGAAGCUUCAUCCCCCAGAAUAGAAUCCUCCGUCUGCCAAUUCACCCCUCGUCAAAGGACGACAUGUUCCCAUGCUUUAGAGUUUUAUAUGUUCCUGAUUUCACCAAUUGUGAAGGGAUAAUUAUUCCCGAUAAAAAUAGCGUAGUUGAAUAAUUAAGUUGUAAACAUGACCCGAUUUUCGUUACCGUUUUGACCAUAACGAUUUUUAUGGAGUAAAGUCAUUCCGUUUUUUGUUAAA